AUGCGUUUUCUCUAUGGUUCCUCAGCCGUUUCUGAAAUCCGUCCAGAAAAGAAAUACCCGCCAUCCAGAAAAGAAAUACCCCGCCUAUGGCGGAUCUGGCGGUGUUUGGGUCAGUACCGUCCUGGUAGACGGUUGGUCAAUCUCAAUCAUCUUUGCGGCAUCAGUGUGUCCAACUUGUUGAUUAUUUACAACAACAUUGAUAUGUUUGACAGUUUAGCCUCAUUGUUCAUUGGUGGUUUUUAUAAGCGUAACAAAUGCCACGCCAAGCCAUUGGGGCAAUGCCCAGUGCACAGGGAGAAUUUUUUGCCAUUGGAAAGUGAGAAGACGGGUGAAAAUAGGGCGUGGAGAAAGAGCAGUGGGAGUAACUUCAAGGUGAAUUUGAGCAGUUGGACUAUCUCAGAAGGAUACUUGAUGAAGGCAUGGUUUUCCUUCACACUAUGGUUUGGCAAGAAAAACCCUAAUCAAACCUUACAGAACCGUACCUUGAGGGUCCGUUUUGGUAGUGCCGGCUUCGAGAAGUUCGAUUCGCCGGAGGAGCUCGAGCAGUCGACUUGCCGGAGGAGGUCAAUUUCGACGGCGACGUGA